ACACUUACCUCCAACACUGUGCAGGCUUGGAUCUGUGGCUUGUUUAUGGGGAUUUGGAAUCAUAAGCGAUCAGUGUUUGGUUUUGUUGCUUGGUUUUAUUAAGCCAUGGAUCAAGGGUGGAAAAGGUUACUCUUGUUAGUAGUCUUCCUGCAAUUUUGGAAGAAUGCCCCUGGUUUUGCAUAUUCAACUUAUCCAAAUGCUGGCCAGUGGUGGGGUCAGCCAUCUGACAACGCUUUCAUGCCUCUUGUGGUCCAGUCUUCUGUGCCAGAAGCCCCAGUGACUGGGGUUUUGCUUGAAGAAGUGGUCUCUCGUUUGCCGAAAAACAACCCCAAAUUUAAUCUGCUUCAGGUUGUUAAAGGUGAUGUUUCCAGCAGUUCUGACUCCACACCCCAAGCUCUGCCUCCAAAUACCCCCUCUUCAGCUACUCAGCCUGUGGAUCAAUCUGGGAUGAGUGGUGUAGUGUCAUUUCAGGGCUCCUCUGGAUCCACCACUACAAGUGGUUCUGGACCAAUUGUCUUUGCACAAGGGGGAAGUGGCGGCUUUGCUUCCAAGACUGCAGUUUCUGGCCAGUCCACUAAUGACCAGAGCUCCCCUGGUCUGUCUAGUUCAGUUUCUCAAAGUACCACCUAUGGUGUAACUACCCAAGGUACAAGUCCGUUUGCUCCAGGGUCUUCAUCCCCAUAUGCAACCAUAUCGUUGCCCAAAUAUGUUACUAGCCAGCUGACAGCUGGACCAAGUUCAAAGGAAGUUACCUCUGUCUAUGGCACCCAGACUGGAUCCUCUGCCGCUUUCACUUUGCAAGCAAGUACCACAUAUGAUGGAAAAAUCCAGACUCCAGAUACCACAAGUCCGUUAGUUUUCGGAUCUUCAACCCCAUAUGUAGCUGUAUCAUUGCCCCAAGUAACUAGUCAAUUGACACCUGCACCAAGUACGAAGCAGGUUACCUCAGUCUAUACCACCCAGACAGGAUCCCCUGCCCCUUUCACUUUGCAAGAACUACUCCAGGGUCAAGAUUCAACAAGCCAGGUUGUUUAUGAAUCUUCAACCCCAUACGUAUCUGUAUCAUUGCCCCAAGUUGUUACUAGUUCGUUGACACCAGUGCCAAGUUCAAAGCAGGUAACCUCCGUCUAUACUACCCAGACAGGAUCCCCUGCC